CUAUGGCCAUCUACUCCUCCAUGAUGACCAGUGACAACUAUUACUAUACCCACAACAUCUGGCACAUGCUGCUGGCGGGGAGCACAGCGUUCUUGCUUCCACCACCUGACAAGCAUGCUGAGCCUACUCACAGAAGCUCAUUUGCCACUAUCAGAUCUGCAAGAACCACCAAGAGGAACUUUACACAGUGACAUGAUGUAGCUAACUCAGGGACACCCACAGCUUUGGUGAUGACCUCUGUAGCCAUGGGCCAGGACCAAGGGAGAGGGACCCUGUCCAGAUGGAUUUCCAACUGUAUAAAAUUGCUCUGCGCACCCAUUUGCUUCCUCCUCCAGAAGAGAGGACCCCCCCCCAAUUCCCUAGUGCUUGCUGGCUACCAACUGACCCCAUCCCUCUGCAAGUCCCAGAUGGUAUCUGCAGUGGCCCCUGGGGCCAGGGCCUGGCUGCCUGGAACCACAGGAGUGGAGAUGAUGGCUGCCACCCUGCAUUGGCCCAAGCAUGUGUUUGGGAAGGGGGCUGCUAGAAUGACCUGGCCCAGCCUUUCUCCCGCCUCUGUGGGGGAAGCAGGAGAAAGAAAAGGAGAGAGACAAAUAUCCACCUGAGAGAUGAACAUGAUCCUUGGCCUCUCCUCUGCUCCCCUACUGAGGAUCGAACCGCAAACUUUUGUUGUACCGGAUGGCACUCCAACCGAGCCACUCAGCCGAGGCUACAGUUAUAUUUCAAGGCUGGUCGCAAUGCCAUUGCACAAAUUCCCGGUCUUUCUAUGGAAGCGGCUACGGCUGCGGGAGGGCAUCUGCUCCCGCCUGCCCCAGCACUACCUUCGCUCACUUGAGGAGAAGCGGACGCCCACUCCCGUGCACUACAGGCCACACGGGGUCAAGUUCAAGAUCAACCCCAAAAAUGGGCAGCGGGAGCGCGUGGAGGACGUGCCCAUUCCCAUUCACUACCCCCGCGAGUCCCAGCUGGGGCUCUGGGGCGGCGAGGGCUGGAUCCUGGGCCACAGAUACGUCAACAAUGACAAGCUCUCAAAGAGGGUGAAGAAGCUGUGGAAGCCACAGCUGUUUCAGCGCGAGCUCUACAGUGAGAUCCUGGACACAAAGUUCUCUGUGACUGUGACUAUGCGCACCCUGGACCUCAUCGAUGAAGCUUAUGGGUUUGACUUCUACAUCCUGAAGACCCCGAAGGAGGACCUGUGCUCCAAGUUUGGGAUGGACCUGAAGCGAGGGAUGCUGUUGCGGCUUGCCCGACGGGACCCCCAGCUGCACCCGGAUGACCCUGAGAAGAGGGCAGCCAUCUAUGACAAGUAUAAGGAGUUUGUCAUCCCGGAGGAGGAGGCUGAGUGGGUUGGCCUGACACUGGAUGAAGCUGUGGAGAAGCAGAGACUUCUGGAGGAGAAGGACCCUGUCCCUCUGUUCAAGGUCUACGUGGAAGAGCUAAUUGAGCAGCUUCAGCAGCAGGCACUGUCUGAGCCAGCGGUGGUGCAGAAGAGAGCCAGCGGGAAGUGACUGCAUAGUGACUGACCCGUGCCUGAUAGCCAGGCUCAGUGUCCCUUGUUGUCCCCAGCCACUCCACCCCUCUGCCCUUUGGCACCAUGGACAUAGUCUGGGGUGGUGACAAGAGCCACUUGAGGCAGUGGGUGAACCGUUCUUGUGCGUACUGGCUGCGGAGCUUCUGGCUGGGUGGACUUUGUGGAGGCCCUAAUGGGCCUCUCGUCUCAGGAUCCCCAAAGGCCUGGGGCCUUCUGGCUGCAUCUGAGGUCCCAUCUCCAUCUGCAGUGGAGGCCCAGUUGAGGCAGGUUCACCACAUUUUGGGGGUAGCACAAGUAAAGUCUGAGCAAGGCCAUGUGUGUGCUGCUUUGCUCGGAGAACUGGAGCUCUUCUGCUAUCCCUUGACCCCAUCACUCCCUCGCCCCAGAAACCCUGGACAUGGCUGAGAUGGGUGGUGGUCCCCAGCUGAGCUGUGGGGCUGAGAUUUGUUUCGAUGGUUUUCUAUCCUCUGGGAGAGAAUCCUGAGAAGUUGAGGGUGUUCUGCAGUAAGUUAGGAUGCUGCUGGCCUCUCCACAUUGCACAUCCUGCCUGUUCUGGAUGUUUUCCAGAGCAGAGGCAGGGAGGCUAUGGCCUGGCUUUGGGAGUGACCGGGAAGUGUCCAUGCUGGCAUGCCCUUUGGUGUGGUGAACACCUCCCACCAACUCAGAGGUUCAGAGGCCCUCAGAGGGCACUGCAGGUGGCAGUGUCUUGCAGGGAAAGCCUUUAGUCAGGACCUCUGUCAGCACAGCCACCCGGGCCUGCAACCUGCAUGUCCCCUCCUUAGCUGACCCACACUUGAUUUUGGGCCAGUCACUCUGACGCCUUUCCUGCUCUGAGAUUUGGGGAUGCCUUGGCCCUCUUCCCUACCCUUACCUGGAAGUCCAUCAUUGAGACCCAUUCAGGUCUCUGGGAGCACAGGGAGGGGUUCCCCUGACUUGGUCCUGACAACUGGCUGAGGGGUGCUGGGCUCCCCUGGAAGGUGAUGUGGAAGCAACAACACCUGGCCUGUGUUCCUGGUGCCAGAGGCCAGAGGCAGCGUGCAGCUGGCCAGUAGGCAUGGCUGGUCAGUGGGCACAGCUGCAGGAGAGCCCUACAAAUCCCAUGGCUCAUGAGGUCAUCGAGGGUCAGGGCCUGCCUGCCUUGGGGUCAGAGCCCUGGGGUGUGUAUCACCAGAUCUCUGUCCAGAGCUGGGUACACUGUCACAGUCCCACACUCUUACCUCCUCAUGCUUUCCAUACACCAGUGAUUUCUCAUAUAAUGUCCCUACGUUGUGAACAGUUUUUAAUAUUUAAAGGAUUUUACCAAAAGCUGGCAAUUCCCACCCUGUCCUGUCCCUUCCCCAGCUCUGGUGGACCAGCAUGGCCCACUUGGCUUCAGCCAGAUUGGUUGUGUUCUAGACGAGCCAGCCCUCCCCAUAUUCAUGUCCACAUCACAAUUCCCAUCAGCCCUGAACUAAAUCAAACUGAUCCCUUUUCAGCCCCUCAGCCUUCCACCUCAGUCUGCACUGUGGUUGCACCCCUGAUGUCCCCAGUUCAUUGAUCUUGGCUCUCAGUUACCCCUCACUAACCUGCUUUCCACCCCAAUGAAGGCCACAAGUAGAGGGGGCUCCUGCCAGGACCUGCAGGGCUCGUGUCAGAUUCCUGCGGUCCCCAAGGGACCUGGUGCUGGUGCAGGGUUGGGGUGAACUUGGGCGCCGGUCUCCCUGUCAGCAUUGGUGGGACAGGGGAGAGUGUCUGAGUCCUGGCUGGCUCUGCUCCCAUGGCUUCUGGUGCUGCUGGCCAUUGGGAAGAGCUUAGCUUGGCUUCAGCAGGUCACUCACUUCUCCAUAACCUGAGGCUUACUGAGGUGGCGGUCUGAGUGUGGCCUUGGCCCUGGAUCUCUGAAACAUGAGCUCUCUCCUGGAGGGAGGCAGCAUCCAUUUGUUUUCUCAAAUUCUCACAAAUACCCUUGAUUCAGCAAAGGUUAAGAAGCCCUCAGUGAUUGACAGAGUCAUCCCCCACAACAAAUAAACGAUAACCCAGCUCUGGGACAGACCACUGGCAGGCUGGAUCCACCAUACUGUUCCACCUUCCAAGAGGUGGGGGUGUGGAGGGGGACAUGGACUGUAUGUGCUCACACGUCAUACAGAACCAGGAGCUGAGCCAUUGGAGCCCAUAUAGCCACAUGUCCCUGCCCCGCAUAUAUUCCCCCCUCCAGGCCCUGGUCAGGCUUCCCGAGCUCCCUUCCUCAUUUCUUCAGCCCCAUCAACCAUACCUCUGCCAGUCUCUGUUGCUGUGUCUGUCUUUCUGAGAGCCUCCAGUUCUACCUCCAUGAGGCUCUGUAGCCCCUCAGGCCCCUAGAUUGGGGGGUCAUUUGUACUCACCAAGGUCAAACCUGCAGAAGCAAGACCUGCCUACACUGGCCCACACCCCUAUCCCUGUACCUGCUGGGUUGGACCCUGCCCAGCCAUCUAGGAGCUCUCUUGAUCCCCAAGUG